CUCUGUCUGUGUUGUUAGCGGCUUCUUCCUCCACACGUGUGGUCACUUCUAUGUGAAGCUCUCUCUUUACGGGACCCGUUCAUAAGCUCAUCCCGCAGCCAGAAUAGGUGUAAAGCCAUAAGAAACCGACUGACCAUGGGGGCUUAUCUGUCGCAACCGAACACCACCAAGAGCUCUUUCGAUGGCGGCAACAGCAACAUGAGCUACGGCUUCUCUGCCAUGCAGGGCUGGCGAGUCUCCAUGGAGGAUGCUCACAACUGUAUCCUAGAGUUUGAUGAGGACACAGCCAUGUUUUCUGUGUAUGAUGGACAUGGAGGUGAAGAGGUGGCUCUGUACUGUUCAAAGUACCUUCCUGACAUCAUCAAGGAGCAGAAAACCUACAAAGAUGGCAAACUGCAAAAGGCUCUGGAAGAUGCCUUCCUGGCCAUCGACAGCAGAAUGACCACAGAGGAAGUCAUCAAGGAGCUAGUCCAGAUCGCUGGACGGCCCACAGAGGAGCCGCCUGCUGAAAAGGUGGCAGAGGAGGAUGAUUUGGACAACGAAGAGGCAACUUUGCUCCAUGAGGAGGCCACAAUGACCAUUGAAGAGCUGCUCAUACGCUACGGCCAGAACCGCAAUGCUGUGAAGCAUGCUGCUGCUCUCAGUGCGGCAGCUAAGAAGGCAGCCUGCCCGCACCCCGGGGGCUCGGGAGAGAAAGGGGAAGGACAGGAGAAGGAGGUACUGAAUGGAGAGUUGGAGGAGGAGCGCAAUGGGAAGGUGAAGGAGGGAGAAGGAGCAGCAACAUGUGGGUCUAAGCUGCGAGCCUGUCGGAGAACAGGAGGUGAAAGUAGUGAUGCAGCAGCAGGUUGUGGUGGAUCGGGAAGCUCGAAUGGAGAAGAAAGGGCUGGAAAAGCAGAAGGAGAUGCAGGUCCCUCCUGCUCUUCUUUGUCCUCCAAGGCUGCGGGAGACUCCAAGUCUAGGUUCUUUGAUGACAGUGAGGAGUCUGAGGAGGGAGAAGAGGAGGAGGGCAGCGACGAAGAGGAUGGCAGCGAAGAGGAUGAAGGAGACAGCAGUGAGAUGGAAGAAGAGGAGGAUACAGAGGAGGGGGAGGAAGACUCUGAGGAUGAAGAAGAGGAGGAAAUGUGUCUACCUGGAAUGGAUGGCAAGGAGGAGCCUGGCUCGGACAGCGGCACCACAGCUGUUGUGGCUCUGAUCCGAGGGAAGCAGCUCAUCGUGGCCAACGCUGGAGACUCUCGCUGCGUGGUGUCAGAGCGUGGCAAAGCUGUUGAUAUGUCGUACGACCACAAGCCAGAGGACGAGGUGGAACUGGCUCGCAUUAAGAAUGCUGGAGGAAAGGUGACCAUGGACGGACGGGUUAACGGUGGACUGAACCUCUCCAGAGCUAUUGGUGACCACUUCUACAAGAGGAACAAGGUUCUGCCCCCAGAGGAGCAGAUGAUUUCUGCGAUGCCGGACGUUAAAGUUCUGACGCUCAACGAGGACCACGACUUUAUGGUCAUUGCCUGCGAUGGCAUCUGGAAUGUGCUCAGCAGUCAGGAGGUGGUGGACUUCAUCAGUGAGAGGAUCAAACCAGAUCAGAGUGGCAAAGUCAGACCCCUCUCAUCCAUAGUGGAAGAGCUGCUGGAACAUUGUUUGGCCCCCGACACAUCUGGAGACGGCACAGGAUGCGACAACAUGACCUGCAUCCUCAUCACCUUACGGGCGCACCCCUCGACCGCUCACAACCAGUCAGACGACACAAAGAAGAGAAAGCACGAGGAGGAGGCAGACCAGGCCGAGCCGGAGAAGAAUGGAAACGACAGCAAAAAGGCUAAAAGUGACUAAAGAGAAAGAGAAACUGUCCCGCAGGGAGCAGCUGGUCCCAGACUACCCCAGAUACACCAGAGACACAUUCUCUUCAAAAUUAAAUCCUUACCUCACAGACAUCAAGUUCACCCUAAAACAGAAUUUACAAACACUGUACAUAACGCUCCAGGUUCAGCUCAACUAAGAUCCAUCAGGAUAGUGUUUUUUUGUCCUCUGUUUUAGGUGGAUUCUCACUCUAACAGCCCCCUCCAGUUCUUUCUUUUGUUUGGUCUUGUUGAAAAGAAGCUGGACACAUUUUUAUUUCCUAAAUUCAGACGGGGCAGACUCACAGGCAUGCCACGCUCAUCAUUUUCCAAUUAUUUGUAGCUAGUAGGAAGAUGGAGGAGGAACUAGUCUAGUGUGUAUUUCUAAACACAUUUUAGAUAUGAACUGCAUUCAUGUUAAUGUCAAACUGUUGCUUUAGUGGGAGCUGUAGCUACCGGUGUCUGAUUGCUGUUCAUAUUUUACAGCCUGACACAUUUUCAUUGCAGUUUUACGAUAUGAAAUGUUACCUUUCCAACAUGAAGUUGCACAAUGCUCUGCUGGUGUUGUGCCCAAAUUACAAGCCAGUCAUUGUAUCUUAACCAAGUGCCAUUAAAUACCAUGAAUUCCUUUCGUAUGCACCAUUUCCCAUCUUCAUAUUAACUGAACCAGUGAAGGGACCUGAAAUGGCUGCAGAAUGAUUGACAUCACAUUAGAAGAAAUGUAUUUUCUCUCAGAGUAAUGAGAGGAAACACCAUUGUCCUGUGAUACCCAAAUUUAUGAUUCACGAUGCAGUGAGAAUGUGUGCUCGUCUCGUGUAGCACUGAAUGUGUUGGUGCCCUGAUGCUGAUAUCUCACCCAGAGUUUCUUUAGGGGGAUUUUGUGUGAGUCACUUAGCAAUUAGACUCCAUUCUCCCAAAGAGAGAAACUGAAGGGUUGGGGGUUAGAGUCCAGUUGCUCUAGUUUGCGGUCUUAUUUUGCCCCAUUAGGGCUCAUUUACAAGUAAUUAUGAUUUCUUUUUUUUCUGUCUUGCUGGUCACAUGAUGAAAUGAGUCACCAUCAUCCUGCCUUUUUUUCAUUCCUGCUUUGUGUCUUGUCUUGAUCAAUAUCUUUAAAUGUCCAGAGGGAUAAAAAACAAUGUCAGGGUUUGUGAGGAGCGAGUGUAUUUUCAUCUCUGUAAGAUAUGAGAGCAGGGGAAAAAAAGACAAGCCAAGUAUGUCCAACCAGAGAGAGUCUGUGAUGUAAACUGCUGCUGCAGCAGGAGGUCCCCGGCUGACCCACCACAUGCAGCUCGUCUCCUGGACUCAACCUUCCUCCACCUCAUUGACUCCCUGUAUUUUCCAUCGUAACAUCUUUUUAAGAUUUAAUCUAGGACAUGUUUUAAGUA